AACUUCUGUUAUAGUGUGUGUUUUUGCGUGUGAAAUUCAACAAGACUUAUGGGAUUUUCUGCAUUUUUUGUAUUUUCAAGUUCAGCUGAAAAUUUUCAGUGUGUGUGUUUCAAUCGAAUUGAACGGUUUCUGGUAAGGGUUCUUGAUUCUAUUAAUAUUGAGGUUAAUUGAGAUCUGCAGAAGGCAUUUCACACUCCGGUCUGCUGUCUUAGUGCAGAAGAGUCAGCAUUUUUCUUGAAUUCGCAUUUUGUGAUGGACAGAAUAGUCACUCUGAGUUGGAAUCUGUUUGCCAAAGUUGGCAACUUUUGCUAUGUUUCCAUCUGUUUGAGUUGGCUUGACCUCAAUUGAUCAUCUCAUUUGACAAAAUUAAAAAGUUCUGUUCAUGAAAAAGACGUUGUGAUGAUGCAAAAUUGUGCCUAUUAUUUUGCAUGAUGACUUAAUCUGCUGAAAUUUGGCUGUUUUGAUUGUUUACUAUGUAUCUCAGGGUAUGUUGUGAAUUCAUGAUUUUUUUGACAUUUCCUGGAAUGUCAUAGGAAAAUAAUUGUCGGAGGCUAAUUGAAGUUGGUAACUGGUAAAACUGUCCCACAAGCCUGAGGAUGAAGUAGAAGAUUGGUUGGUAAAAGUCAAAGAUUUGACUUUGGGCAUACAUAAGGUGCAGAGGAUUUUCAGGGAUGAUGUUAACCUUCCAAAAAUGGAGCUCAUGGUCCCUGAUAGGAGUUAUUGCUACAGUAGUGGCCUUAGUGACAGUGGUUCAUUUUUUUCUUUCUCCAGAGAGUCCUCUAGACAAUUUUGGGUCUAGGCAGGUUGACAUGAUUGAGAACUCAUCUAUUCAAGUAAAUGGAUCUAGACAAGGCAAAACUGUUGUCCCUAAUAAUAUAUCUGAUGGUGGUAAUAUGCCGGUGAAUGGCUCAACUGAUGGUAGCAAGCAAUUAAGUGGGCCUGUUGAAUGAGGCAAAGACGAUGAGAAUCAAAAGCAACAGUCAAUGGUUGAUUUAAACAUCCAAUAUCCUGCUGAUUCACGAAAUGCUGUUGUCUAUCGUGGUGCUCCAUGGAAAGCAGAAAUUGGGAGGUGGUUAUCUGGUUGCAACUCAAAGACUGCUGCUGUCAAAAUUGUCCUGGAAAUUGGUGGCAAGAGCUGCAAAACGAUUGCAGCGGGCAAGGCAUCUGCAAUAGGCAACUGGGUCAGUGUCGCUGCUUCCAUGGGUUUGGUGGGGAAGGAUGCUCUGAAAGACUGCAACUAAAUUGUAAUUACUCUGGAUCAAAAGAGGACCCAUAUGGGCGAUGGGUUGUGUCGAUUUGCUCAGCUCAUUGUGACGCAACAAGGGCAAUGUGCUUUUGUGGAGAAGGCACAAAAUACCCAAAUCGUCCUGUUGCAGAGGGAUGUGGGUUUGUGAUUAUCCGCCUUCUGAACCUGGAGGUCCAUCUCUUGCUGAUUGGACAAAAGCUGAUGUUGACAUUUUCACAACUAAUGGAAGUAGGCGAGGAUGGUGUAACGUGGAUCCAAAGGAAGCUUAUGAUGGUAAAGUUCAUUUCAAAGAAGAAUGUGAUUGCAAGUAUGAUGGCCUCUGGGGCCGAUUCUGUGAGGUUCCUGUACAAAGUGUCUGUAUUAACGAAUGUGCUGGUCAUGGGUACUGCCGUGGUGGAUUUUGUCAGUGUGACAAAGGCUGGUACGGGACAGAUUGAGUAUUCCUUCUGUUGCAGAAUGGCCCAAGGGGCUUCGACCAGCUCAGAUCAAAAUUCCAGAUAGUGACAAACAAACUGGAAAAAUAGACAAUCUAACUGCUGUAGUGGCAAAGAAAAGGCCUCUCAUAUAUGUUUACGAUUUGCUGCCAGAAUUUAACAGUCUUCUAUUGGAG